GAUUUUGUUUCAGCGUGCUACGGAAUUGUUUCGGUGCCCACCGGGCCGUGGUUCUGUGAACGUUGUGUUGCAACUCAUGGCAAUGGCUAUAAACGUGCCGCCACGAACGGCAGCGACGGCGAUUACAACCAACACGUUGGCGGCAAACAAGAGCAGCAACAGCUGCAAACCGACGACGACUUGGACAACCUCAGCUGCAAGCUUUGCCCUUACAAGGACGGCGCCUUUAAGCGCACCGAUACCGGAGCAUGGGCUCAUGUUGUCUGCGCUCUUUAUAUUCCAGAAGUGAAAUUCGGCAACGUCACAACCAUGGAUCCCAUUAUUCUUGCACACAUACCACCAGAAAGAUACAAUAAGACUUGCUUCAUAUGCGAGGAGCAGGGUCGAAUGGAAGAUGCGAAAUCUGGGGCAUGCAUGCAGUGCAAUAAACCGGGCUGCAAAAACUACUUCCAUGUUACCUGUGGGCAGAAGGAGCGUCUUCUGUUCGAGGAACCCGGCCAACUAGAUAAUAUUAAGUAUUGCGGUUAUUGUCCUCACCACUUCAAGAAGUUGGUAAGCGGUGACCGAAAGGACAAUCUGACGUCAUCAUCGUCAUCAUUGGCGCAUAAUUCGGCUUCAGUACCCCCGAAGUGCGAGAACUCUAAUAGUCGCCUGUACACCGAAUUGCGCAACAUGUUCGACUCGGACAACGCCGUGGACAAGGUGACGACGCGUAUGCGCAAGUCGAGCGCAGGAGUUGGCGAUAAGACGGACUUGGCAGCUAACAGUUCGACGGCGACCCUGGACAGUCAGUCGCCUGCAGGAGGAGGCUACGUAGCGGCAUUUCAUUCGUAUUCGCCGUCGUUGCCUUCUCACGUUUAUCUCGUCUCUGGCUGUGGCCAGGGCAACACUGUGUCUCACCCGUAUAAGGUGUCGUCCAGUUACAGCCUGCUGCAGCCGUCCACCACCUGUUCCGGCAGUUGCUAUGUCGGACCGUCGUCGUCUGCAUCGUCAUCAGCCCUUAGUAGCAAUAGUACCAACUUUUACCCUGCUGUCUGCAGCAGCAGUGCAGCAGUGAACUCGUUCUCCGCCAUCGGUGAUCCAUCCGCUAUGGCUUGCGUCUCUUUUGCUCCUUCCCAUAUGCCCCUUGACGCCGCGGUACACGCUUCGUCGUCAUCGUUGUUGUCGUCCACUUGUGUCCCCCCAACGACGACUAACCCCUGCUGCCCUUCGUCAGAUGUGACGACUUCACCCAACGUUGUCACGAUUACCGGCGUAGCCGGGGCCGGUGUCCAGCAGUUACCGUUGGUUCAUGGGAAGCGAGCGGCACCGCUGAGGAUCGUGAAAACUGAAAUUUUAUCACCGCCGAAAAAGGGCAAGCGACCCAACAAGAAAACGGCUAGUCGCAAAUCGUCUUUCGACGCCUCCACCACCCCUGUAGCUGCCAUUUCUUACGACGAUCCAUCGACGAAAACCGACGGCGGCGUAAGCAACGGUGACCCGUCCAAUCGUCCUUGCUGCUCUGCUUCGUUGGCGGCCACCGAAACUCCGCUUACCAAGCUUCCCGGCGUGUCAAGCGUCAAAAACAGAGCAGAUGGCAAUGGUAUUUUUGGCUUUUCAACUGCUCCAGCUUCUGUCAGUUCCGUUCAUUGCUCUAAAAGAGAAGUGAAAACAUCAGCUGCAUCAAGCGAAACUUUUGUAGGUCCUGGUCCGCAUGGCACUGGCGUGCUGUCGCUAUCGUUCGAACAACUACUCGAGCGUCACUGGGAACAAGUCGCCUCAUUACUCACGUGCCUUCACCAGCUCAAGUCUGAAAAUAAAAAGUACGAAGAACAUAUAGCGUCGUUGGUCACUCGUCGCGACCACUUGUUGGCGGUCAACGCUAGACUGUCCCUUCCACUGAGUUCGCACCAAAACUCGUCGUCGGUUGCUCCUCAUAUGUCAGUUAGCUUCCCAACUUACCAACAAGGUGAUCAGAUGGUAGGCGGAGAGCAAUUUCGAACGAACAUCAUCAACCGCUAUUGCUCUGAUCGUUUCGAUGAUCCUUCGUUGGUUCCCACCAGCAUCCCGCCGAUGUCUGGUCAUGGCGUCGGUGGUGGUGGUCGCCCGACGGCGUCAAGCACAGUCUUUCCCCCACAGAACAUUGCCUCGUCGCGUCCAUACCUGGUUCCGGCUAGCAACCCUGCUGUGCCUCAAGACGGUUCCGGUGCUGGACGCGGUGCUUUCACGGCUGCGUCUACCGCCACCGCAUCAACCGCCAUAACGGCGACUACGAGUCCUGUUAUUGUUCCGUCGGCCACCACGGCGGCACCUCUGGUCAAUGGCCUCAGUGGCUUCGCCAACGUCCGACCUAAAAACAUUAGUCCCGACAAGCAGAGCUCGUUUCUUAUCCCUAGGACUCCUACGCCGCUUAUGUCGAAUACUGACCUGGUAAAACCUGCUGCCGCCAAUAUUCUUUCUUCCCAAUUUUCGGUUGCAAACCAGGACGUGCAUCAUUCGCAAGUGCUGUAUCAGUUGAUGGCACAGCAACAGGCGGUAGCUGCGGUGUACGGAAAUGCGUUCCCGAGCUUCAUGCCCACCACGUCACCGCACAUCAGCAACACAACGUCCAUGAUGCCACCGAAUCAGUCAAUGUUGCACGCGCCGUAUUCAUCGCAUACCAAGAACCAGUCCUUGAAUCCUUGA